AUGGCGGCGGGCAAGGACAUGAUCCUGUUGCCUCUGGUCCUCCUGCUAUCGCAGCUGACAGCCAUGUCGGCAGCAACCACAUGCGCGCUGCAGGGAGGUUUCGAGCUCCCUGUAUUCAUGUCCGAGGGCACCUUCACCAUCGGAGGCAUAUUCCCCUUGCACUAUAGAGUAGAGCUUCCACAGACGGACUUCAAAACACCCCCACUCACAGCCCAGUGUAGAGGCUUUGACCCUCGUGCCUUCCGCUGGGCCCUAACCAUGAGGCUGGCAGCGGAGGAGAUCAACGGCAACAGAGACCUGCUACCAAACCACACUCUGGGCUACAAGAUCUUCGACUCCUGUGCCACACCGGUCACGGCACAGAGGGCUGUUCUCGCCGUACUGAAUGGGGAGGACAGCGGAGCAAGCGCCAUGUGCUCUGAGUCUGAGGGUUCCAGCCCUCUCUUUGCCAUCAUUGGGGAAUCUGGGUCUUCACAGUCAAUCGUGGUGUCCAGGACGCUACAACCUUUCAGAAUUCCAAUGAUCAGUUAUUUUUCCACAUGUGCUUGUCUCAGUGACAGGACACAGUUCCCCACAUUUUUCAGAGUGGUGCCGAGUGACGAUUACCAGGUGAAGGCAGUCGCCCAGCUUUUGAAACACUUUGGCUGGACAUGGAUCGGGGUGGUGACAGAGGAUCACGAUUAUGGCAGGUUCGCAUUGCAGGGCUUGAAAAGGGAAAUACAGAACACAGACAUCUGUCUGGCCUACCACGAAAUGAUACCGAAAGAUUACACCACCGAGAAAGUGCUUAAAAUACUCGAGGUGAUGAGAACAUCUACAGCCCGAGUGGUGGUGGUGUUCUCGGGCGAGGGGGAGUUCUAUCCUUUCCUGAAAGAGUUCAGCAAACAAAACAUAACGGGCAUCCAGUGGAUCGCCAGCGAGGCGUGGGUCUCAGCCUCCGUGCUCGCCGAGACGUACCCUUUCUUGGACGGCACCAUCGGUUUUGCCGUCCGCCAAGGAGAUGUGCCGAACCUUACAGAUUAUGUGAAGACGGUGGAUCCGUGGAAUUACCCCUCUAAUGCACUUGUGCAGGAGCUGUGGGAGACUUUGUAUGCUUGCUCUCCCCGCAAUGCCACAAGUGUGAACACCCCCUUGAAACCAUGCACUGGCCAUGAGACGGUGCAGGAGCAGCAUUCGGCCUACCUGGGUAGCUCUAGCCCCCGGGUUGCAUAUAAUGUGUACAAAGGGGUUUAUGCCAUUGCCCAUUCUCUGCACAACCUCCUCCAGUGCAUCCCUGGCUCUGGCCCUUUCCCCAAUGGUUCUUGUGCCGAUAUUAAUAAUAUCCAACCAUGGCAGCUACAGCGUUAUCUGCAGGACGUGUCCUUUGUCAUCUCUGGAGAAAAAGUGAAUUUUGAUAUGAAAGGAGACUCCAUUCCAUCGUACGAUCUCAUCAACUGGCAGAGGGAUGCUGACGGAGAGAUUCAGUUUGUGACAGUGGGUCUAUAUGAAUAUGAUGGAGGUGCGGAAGGUUCUGGCAAAGAGUUGGUUAUUGAUAUGGACAAAGUCAAGUGGACAGGACAGCGGAAAGAGGUGCUGGUGUCUGUGUGCAGCGACAGCUGUCCCCCAGGAUUCCGGAAGGCUGUCCGUGCUGGGGAGCCUAUUUGCUGCUUUGACUGUGUACCAUGUGACAGCGGCAAAAUUAGCAAUGAGACAGAUUCAAUAGACUGCAUGGCCUGCCCAGAAGACUUCUGGUCCAAUACUGGAGGAACACACUGCAUACCCAAAGAGAUUGAGUUUCUGUCCCAUGAUGCAAUGGGAAUAACUCUGACAGUGAUCGCCGUUGUUGGGGCCUGUCUAACCAUUUCUGUCCUAGCAGUGUUCCUCUACCACAGAAGAACGCCCGUAGUCAGGGUCAACAAUUCGGAGCUGAGUUUCUUCAUCCUGCUGUCCCUCACGCUGUGUUUCCUGUGUGCGCUGAUCUUCAUUGGCGAGCCCACAGCCUGGUCCUGCAUGCUGCGCCACACCGCCUUCAGCAUCACCUUCUCCCUCUGCAUCUCCUGCAUCCUGGGCAAGACCCUGGUGGUGCUGGCCGCCUUCACAGCCACGCGGCCCGGAAACAACAUCAUGAAGUGGCUGGGGCCCAAGCAGCAGAGGGUCAUCAUCUUCUCCUGCACCUUGGUCCAGGUCAUCAUCUGUGCAGCCUGGCUCAUUUCAGCUCCUCCGUACCCCAACAGAAACACACAGUACCAGCGCUCUAAAAUCAUUCUGGAAUGCAGCGUAGGAUCUGACUUGGCCUUCUGGUGUGUUCUGGGAUACAUUGGACUGUUGGCUUGUCUGUGUUUUGUUUUGGCCUUUCUGGCCCGUAAACUCCCGGGAAACUUCAAUGAGGCCAAAUUCAUUACUUUUAGUAUGCUGAUUUUCUGUGCAGUCUGGUUAGCUUUCAUCCCAGCCUAUGUUAGCUCGCCAGGAAAGUUCACAGUAGCUGUAGAGAUUUUUGCCAUUUUGGCAUCCAGUUUUGGCCUACUGCUGUGCUUAUUUGCACCCAAAUGUUACAUCAUUUUGAUAAAACCAGAAAAGAAUACAAAGAAUCACUUAAUGGGAAAAGACAAGUAA